AUGCUCCUCAAAUCAAUGCUCACCACCGCUCUGCCACUGCUGAUGCUGGCAGGCAACGCCCUCGCUGUCGGCUGCUCCACCCACAGCUUCACCACCUGUGAAGACCAAAUCGUCCACUGGUACGACCCGGAUACUGGCGAAGUCUGCGACCCUCUCGACUGCGGCGGCGGUCGCGCUCCCGCCAAAACGGACGAGCCUGGAUGCCCUCUCUAUACGGGCACCAAGGUCCGCACUACCUCAUACCUGUCCUGCUUCACGCCCUCUUCUGCGCUUGCGACUGCCACCACUUCGAAGAGUACGACUGCAGAGUCUACCGCUUCGGAUUCGACGAGCAAGGAGACUAGCGUCGCCUCUUCCACUACGGCCGGCAGUGCCACUGGAACCGGCACUUCGGCUAGCGAGACAACACCGGCGACGACGGCGGCUGCAACCCUGUCUUCCAGUGUGCAGGCUUCUGGUGCUGCCAAUGGAACGGCUAUUACUAAUAAUAGCUCUGCGGCCCCGGUUGCUACGACCAAUGCUGGUAAUGCCUUGGCCGGUCCGUUGAUGGCGGUUGCCGGUGCGGCGAUUGGUGCUUGGGCCCUGCUUUGA